GAAAACACUCGGGUCCUCUCUCUCCCACCUCUCCAUCUCUCUCUAUAAAAUCGUAAUAUUUUCUCUCUCCAAGUACACAACGACUUUUGCUUUCUCAAAUAUUUUUCUCUUUGGUUUUGGCCUCCUUCGAAAUCAGCCUUCGUGGUCAUGAAAGCUUAGCUUCCAUAAAACCCAGGCUUGCUCUGUCACGUGGGUUCGGCUUCAAAUAUCGUUUCCUUCUCCGUGGAGAUGGAUUCAGUUGAAGGAAAUAGCCAUGGGGAUAUCAAUGACGAUGAAGCUGAGCAUUCAUUUUCUCCAGAAGCUUCUGAUAUAUGUGGUGUCUCUGGUGACCCUGAGCUAGGUCCUAGAGUUGGAGAUGAGUACCAGGCUGAAAUUCCCUGUCUACUAGCUGUUUCUGACUAUAUACGGCUUUUAAAAAACCCAACUGAUGCAGAAAUUUCUGGCGGUAGUCCCUGUGGUUUAGUAAUGGGUUUGCCUGUACCAGUAAUGUGGAUCAGCGAGGAAUUGGACACCAAAAAAUAUGAACAUGUCGGAGAGACCUUGAUUGAUUCAGAAAGUGACAAUGUAAAGUGCAAAGCUGAUCCAACGGAUGCUAAGUCCGAUAAUGUGAAAACAUCUGGCGAGUCAGAAAAUCUAGUAUUGAAACAAGAAAGGAAGGCUGAAAUGCAUCAAAAGCCUGGAGGAGUGUACUGUCCGGUUCCUGGUUCUGCAGGAGACAAUUGGAUUGACAUGGAAGAAGCCAGUUUUCUUCUUGGUUUAUAUAUCUUUGAGAGGAACCUCGUUCUGGUGAAGAAGUUUGUCGGAAGCAAACAAAUGGGUGAUAUUUUGUCAUUCUACUAUGGGAAAUUUUACAAGUCUGACAGAUACAAGAGAUGGAAAGAAUGCAAAAAAAUGAGAAGCAGAAAAUGUAUAUUUGGGCAAAGAAUUUUUACUGGGCCAAGGCAACAUGAGUUGUUUUCUCGUUUGUUUCCUCACGUGUCAGAAGAAUGCCAAACUUCUUUGCUUGAGGUCUCGAAGACAUUUGGGGAAGGAAAAAUUUUACUAGAAGAAUAUGUAUUAAUUUUAAAGGCUAGAGUUGGAUUGAAUGCACUGGUAAAGGCAGUGGGAAUUGGUACAGGAAAGAAAGAUCUCACAGGCAUUGCCACAGAGACUUUAAAGUCCAAUCAGGUUGCUCCCGUUCGCCCAGAAAUACCAACUGGCAAAGCAUGCUCCACCCUUACGCCACUAGAAAUAGUCAACUUUCUAACAGGGGGCUUCCGGCUAAGCAAAGCCCGCUCGAGCGAUCUCUUUUGGGAAGCUGUCUGGCCUCGUUUGCUUGAAAGAGGGUGGCACUCUGAGCAGCCUUAUCCGGGUUUCUCCACUGGUUCCAGGAAUUCAUUGGUCUUUCUUAUCCCUGGUAUUAAGAAAUUCUCAAGAAGGAAACUGGUGAAGGGAUCCCACUACUUUGAUUCGGUAAGUGACGUCCUGAAUAAAGUUGCUUCAGACCCUGAGCUUCUUGAGCUUGAAAUGGGAGCAAAUAAAGAAAAUGGGUGGACAGAUGAAACAAAGCUGGACGAACAAGACUUCCCAAAUCAGCAACGUCACUGUUAUCUGCAGCCUCGUACUCCAAAUCGUAGUAGUACAAAUGUCAUGAAGUUUACGGUUGUGGAUACUAGUCUGUCUAAUGGGAAAAUAUUCAAGGUGAGGGAACUGAGAAGCUUACCGCUUGAAUUGGAUGUCUCCGCCUCCAGAAGUGAUUCUGAAGAUGACGAUGAGGAUGCUUCUGAGGAUUCAGCAGAUAAAUAUAAUUCUGCUAAUUCCUUGUGUUCACAGAGGGAUGAGAUCCACGUUUUGAAGUCCAUCCGUUUGGGUAGAAAUGGUGACAAAUAUUUUAAAUAUGGUACUUCAGAGGUGGAACAUCAAGCUUUUGGUCAAGGUUCGACUACUGUGACUGCAGAUCUCCCCAAGAAUGAGAACAUUGGUACAUGCAACGACAUGCAGCGCCGGAAAGCUAUGAAGUGCCAAAAAAGCCGGAAAAUGGUUUCUGAAAAUGAAAAUCAUCUUGCCCCUGUUUCAAAAAGACGUCGACGGUUAGCUGCUUGUAGUCGCACAGAGAUCACCCCCAGCAGGAGCCAGUUCUUGCAAGGUCCCAUGUUACAACAAGAUGUGUCUGGAGACCAUGCGGCACUUGGUGAGAAAACUCCUUCUCAAGUGGAACCAUCUGGAGAGAAGUUAUCAUCCGCCAGUACUUCGCCUAGAGGAGCCAGCCCAGUUGAUAGUGGUGAAGGCAAUCGUUGUGGCAACAGUUUGCCUGUGGAAAUAUUCCAAGAGAAUCCUCAGCGCCCUAUGUUGAUUGACUUGAACAUGCCCCCGCCUCUAGAUGCUGAAACUGAUGAACCUUUCACAAUGAUAGAAAGACAAGAUGAUCAAACACACCAGGAACCAGAUGCUGCUUCCCAUUCAGUGAAUCCCUCUGAAAGUGGGGCAACUUCUGAACAGCAGCCUGCAAUGAACUCUCGGAGACAGAGCACAAGAAACCGACCACUGAGCACUAAGGUACUGGAAUCUUUAGCUUAUGGAUUUUUAGACACAAAACAGAAGCGGAAGAGUAGGGACGAAUUUCCCCAAGACACCUCCAAAUUAAGGCCAUCCAGGCGUGCUCGUACUAAGGUGAGCGAUCUCAACAGUUUUGAUACUAGUCUCCCGGAUUUCAGUAUGCAGGAAACCAGGAGUGCUAUCCCCAAUAACAACGCUGACGGGUACAGUGAACUUGAUAUGGUCUCGUAAGUCGGUUAGGUGCUGAAAAUCUAACAAACAACUUGAACAAAGAGCUUCUGCAUAUAACAGAGACCGGCUCGUGCGGUUAUAACCAACCCAUGAUAAACAGCAAAGGCAGCAAGUCUCUUCAUUCUUCUGCAUUGUACAUGGUGUUACAUACAAAUUUCAUUGGAAAUUCGGAGUAGCAGCGUCCUUUCCUGUGGCCAUUACAUCAGCAAAAGCAGCGCAAAUACCCGGAAAACCAAAGAUGAGAGAUAAAAGUUACCCUCCUCCCCUUCAGUCUUAGUUCAACAGCAUUUGAUAAAACCAUUUACUUUCUCUCGUAUGUACAAUUUACUUUAAAAGUGGUCGUUUUUUUCUUUCCUUAAUUAUGAGUUGCAAGACCAACUUAUAGGGUGACCGUUGUUGCGUUCUGAUCAAAUGUAGUUCGAUUUCUUAGACUCGCGUCGACAGUUUCUCA